UAGAAAGAAGAGGCUGAGCGGUGGAGAAGUCAGAAAUAAACAAAAGUGCAUCUGAAAUCCAAAUAUUUACGUUGUGAAAUGGAAAAUGCAAAUUAUCGAAAUUAUUAUCAAUGACGAUGGUGCCCGAUUUGUAAACGAAACAGAAAAGUUCUGUUAAAAGUAAUCUAAAUAGACUCUCGAGUAGACUCUUUGCAGUGACAAAUGUUUUGAAUACUUUGACUAGUUUGACCGAUUUUUUUUUGGCGUUGAAUAAGUAUGAAUAAUUGACACCGUAUACAAAAAAGAAGUAAUGUCGCAAUCUCAGGUAUAUCUUUUUCUAUAUGAACAGUUUGAUAUUUGGAAAUGGAUUGCAGGACAAAGACAAAAGUAUCAUGCAGGUGUUAGCUUAUACGGGAGAGAAUAUUGCUAUACCAAAGAUGGAAUAUUGGCAUUGCCUCAUCGGAGCGCCGUUGAAGAGAACAUUUACUCUAGCUGUGACGAAUAUCUCUGAAAUGGAUUUCAAUGAUCAAAUCACCUACUUUAAAGAAGGAGAAUUUUCAACCACCAAAUAUUCGCAAGAAAAUAAUAAUGGCAGUCACUUUGCUGUAGCUCUGAUUAAGUAUCUUCUAGACAUCAAUCAUUUGGAACCGGAAUUAGAAGAAUAUCUUCAUCCAUCUAAUAGCAAAUUACACGCCUUGCAGCUAAUGCAGACACGAACCGAAGAAAUUAUGGAAAAUGGUUUUCCAUUCCAAUCGUAUAACCACAUUAUUACCCAUGAGCCUUCACAGCACAAACGUUUUAUGUUGUUUUUCAAAAUCUGUAUUAAAAUUCUUGAAUUAAAAGCAGGUUUAUUAUCUGUAAACAGUUCCAAUGCACACGCAUAA